AUCGGUUUAUUUUGGAUAGUUUAUUUUAUUAUAAUAAAAUUAUGAUCGAUACAAUAAAUGCUUGUAUAUAAAAAAAAUGGUUUCGAGAAUAACAGAAUAAUUCGUCGAUAGGAAUUCCGCCAAUGUCUGAUUCCUCCUUCGGUUUAUAAUGUAAUUACCGCGCGCCAGAUCGGUGACGGAAGAAAAACGUACUUAUACAGUCGAUCUCCUUUUAACGCGGUUCUUUUUAACGCGGAGUUUUUAACAAUCCCCCGUUGUCUUUUUUUACGCGGUUUUACUUUUUUAACGCUGUUCGCGAAUCAUUUUGAUUUUUUCCUUUUGUUUUAUUUCAAGUGCGCUUUACAAGUGCUGUUUAAAUUGAAAGUCUAAGCCUUAUAUAAGCAUGUACAUAUGUUAGUAUUAAAAAUGCAAACCUGCAACCAUGUAAAAGAGAACCAAAUGUCAAACCGAAAACAAACAAAAUUACCGCGAAAUGGCACCCAAGCGCAAAAGAUUAAGCCUUAGGCAAAAAAUUGUCAUUUUAAAUUCUUUAAAAAGUAGGGAAAAACCUGCAAACAUUGCCAAGAGGCAUAAAAUUAACGAAUCAUCAGUUCGUACAAUUAAAAGAAAGGAAAACGCCAUAAGGAAAACUUUUACUGAAUGCGGUUCCAGCAGCCUUACAUAUUCGUUCAACACUGGAGAUGUCGUAAAGGUUAAAGUUGAACGCGCGCUUGUAUGGUGGAUUGAGGACCUCGUCCAUAGAAGAAUUCCUGUGGAUACUAGGUGCAUAAAAGAAAAGGCCACUGUGUUUUAUGAAAAAUUUAAAUGCGAAAAACCAUCUAGUUCAAAUAUGCAAAAUAUGAAACAAUUUUGUGCAAGUAAUGGUUGGCUUAGGUGCUUCUUGAAAAGAAACUCGCUGCACAACGUUAAAAUAACAGGCGAAAGUGCAUCGGCAGAUGAAGAGGCAGCAAAAAUUUUCCCGAAAACUUUUUCAGACACAAUUAAAGCACAUGGCUAUGUUGCAGACCAAAUUUUCAAUGCGGACGGUCUAUACUGGAAGAAAAUGCCAAGCCGCACUUACGUACUUAGCUAAACAAACCAGAUCGGUGCACGGGUUUAAAACAGCAAAGGAGCGUAUCACACUCUUACUGUGUAGCAAUGCAUCAGGGGACAAGGUUUUAAAACCUCUAUUAGUGAACAAAAAUUUAAAGCCGCGAGCUUUGAAAGGUAAGUUUUAAUCAAUAAUAGCUGAUUUGCAAAAAUUUUAUGUUUUCCGAUUUUAGGAAUGGAUCUAAAGAAAUUGCCAGUACAUUGGAUGGCAAACAAAAAGGCUUGGGUGACCGCAUCGCUUUUCAAGGAGUGGUUCGAAAAGUGUUUUGUGCCUGAAGUAACAGGAUACAUGAUCUCUAAAAACUUGGAAUUCAAAGUGUUGUUAUUAAUUGACAAUGCACCUGGACACCCAGUUAUUGAGCACCCAAACGUCAAAGUGCUAUUUCUUCCCCCAAACUCAACAUCUCUUUUGCAACCGCUGGACCAAGGCAUCAUUGCAGCAUUCGUUUAGGUUCAUUUUGUAUAAAUUGGAAAGUAAUUCUGCAAUUAAUGUGAUUUCUUCUUGGAAAGAUUUUAAUGUAAAGAAUUGUAUCGAUUGUAUUAAAAUUGCCGUAACGGAUAUUACAAAAACUACCCUAAGUAAAUGCUGGAAAAAUCUUUGGCAAGAUGUUGUGUUAUAAGAAGAAAGUGAUAAUUAAGGACUUGUUACCUACGCGGAAAUAUUUGAAUUAGCCAAAAGCAUCGGCGGUGAAGGUUUUGACGACAUGGAUAUUGACGAUGUUAAUGAGCUGUUUGAUUUGUAUGCUCUAGACGAUGCGGAAAUUAUUCAUGCAAUUGAUAAUAAUAAUAAUAAUGACCUUGAAAAUGGAGAAGAUGGUGUCAGCUCUCCACCCGUUUCACUUUCGUCAAAAUUACUUCGAGAAGGAUUAGACAAAGCUGCUGACCUUGAAAAUCAUUUUAUAGAUCAUGAUCCUAAUGACGAACGCUUAUCAAAGUUUCGUCGAGAUUUUAAAAAUGCUAUGGAGUGCUACCAGGAUUUAUAUAAAGAGAUGCAUAAAGAAAAACCCCAAAGAUUAUUAACUGAUUAUUUUAAGAACUAAAAUACUGCUUUGUACGUAGUUUAAUAUAAUUUAAGUUACAAUUGAUCUCAAUGUGAUUUUUUGCACAAAUCUUGUAAAACAGAUUUAAAAUAUAUCAAUGCAUAGCGGAUAUAUGUAAUUGAACUCAAUAUGAUUUUUUGUCCAAAUUCUGUAAAACUAAAAGAUAUAGAAUAUAUCAACGCAUAGCGAAUAUGUGCUCAUGUAACAAAUUUGUUUACUUCCCCAAAUUUGAGUUUCAGUUGGAAUUUUGGUUAUUUUAACGCGGAUUUUUUUUUGCGCGGAUUUUUCGUAAAAUAGGAACGAAUAAACAAAUUUGAAUUGAAAUGUGGGUUUUUUUACGCGGUUUUUUUUACGCGGAUAAUUUUGCGUCCCGGCAAACCGCGUUAAAAAGAGAUCGACUGUAUUGAUAUGUGCACAGGAUCGGUGUUGAUC